CGCCACCAUCUUGAUAUAAACAGCGCCAGCGGAGUUGAGGGGUCUCAGUGUAUUCGCUGAUCUUGUCAGAGAAGUCUUGCGUCUUUGAUUGUUUAAGACUAUCCGAUUUCCCUUAUUCUGUCGAGAUGUUGGAUCAAUCCACGAGUAUUUUAAUUUCCAUCACAGCUGUUUUUUUCGUAUUUCUUGGAGUAUGCUACGAAUAUUUAAAAAGACGUUAUAGAUACUGGAGUGAUAAGGGGAUUCCAGGCCCCAAACCGAUUGUCUUCAUUGGUAACAUGAAAGAAUCGUUAUUUAGGAAAUGCACAGAACCACAAAUGACAGACGUUUGGUACCAGAACUACCGUGGCAGUCCCUACAUAGGUUUCUACAACCUGCUGAAGCCUUCUGUCUUCCUCAUCGACCCAGAACUGAUCAGGAAGGUCACAGAAGUCGACUUCAAUCAUUUUGUCGACCAUCCUCCCCUAAGUGGACACUCAGGCAGCGACGCCAUCAUCGAUUCCUUAUUCACGAUGAACGGCCAACAUUGGAAGGACAAACGCUCAAUAUUUUCAAGGAUGUUCACGCCCAAGAGGUUGAGGGAACAAAUAGAAAUCUUCAACAACCGGUAUUCCUUUCUGAAGGAGGAGAUCGAAAAGCAGCCAGGACUUAGUAAAGAUGCUGAUUUAUUCAAGUUUAUCGGGAGAUAUAUCCUCAUUGGUUUUUCCACAAUACUGUAUGGUCUCGACUUAACGAAGGACGAAAAAUUAUUUGAAGACUUUGAGAGGCACUCGGAGAUUUUCUUACAUCCUGGAUUGCACACUUCAUUGAUGUUUUUAUUCUAUUCUGCCUCUCCAAAUCUUUUCAAUUUACUGAGCAUGAAAACUUUCCCGCGAGAUAUUUAUCACUAUUUUUCUCCUUUAACGAAAGGAUUGUUAGAGCAGAACAAGAAAUUGGGAUAUACCAAUAGUAGUGACUUGCCGUCAUUGCUCAAUCAAUAUCAAGAUUCCAACCCCGCUUCAGCUAUAGACCAUCCGGAGUCUGUUGGUCAUAUUUUCAGUUUUUUGAGCGCCAGUAACCACACGACAAUCACCACCAUCAGCUAUGGUCUCUUCUUGCUCGGCCAACAUCCAGAAGUUCAGGACAAGCUUCGCGACGAAGUGGAUAGAGUGUUGAAAGAUAAUCAAGAUAUCACAUCUGAAAACAUCAAUGAGAUGGUCUAUCUAGAUGCAGUACUCUAUGAAACGAUGCGAAUGUACACGUUGCUCGGAGUGUUAAAGAGGAUUUGUACAAAGAAAUAUUACGUUGACGAACGCCUAACCAUUCCUGAAGGUAUGGAAGUCUUCAUUCCUGCCCAGUCACUUCACAUGGAUCCUGAGUAUUUCCCGGAACCGGAAAAGUUCAAUCCAGAAAGAUUCUUGGGUCUUGAAAAGCUGCCCUCUAUCUUCAUGCCUUUCGGAAGAGGACCAAGGAACUGUAUUGGACUCAGAAUGGCUGAAAUCGGUUUCAAGAUUGCAGUUGCUAGAUUAAUAUCCGAUUACAUAAUCUCACCAAAUCCAAAAACGACUCUUCCUCUCAAGUACGAUCGGCUGUCGACGUUCAUAACUUGCAUGCCAGAGAAUGGAUUGUGGGUCAAGUUACAGAAACGAUGACUUUGAGGGGAAGGAAGAGGAGCCAAUGGAUCUAACUACGCCACUGAUUGAAGGCUGUGUAAUAAUCAUUCAAAUACUCAAUGGUUGACCGUAGUAUAAUAUUGAAAAAGAGAGGGUCCGGGGUGGCAGUUAAGAAAAAAUUUAAAAUAGUGAAAAAUAUUUCAUUUUAAGCCAACGUUUCGACCGAACUAUGCAGGUCUUCAUCACGGACAUAGUCGAGAUGGAUGGUUCCAUGUGAAACGUCCCUCACAUAACAAUUUCGCAAAUAUAGCUUAUACACAGCACCUUAAAUAACUAUUUAUUCGCACCUUGUAUAACUGUUCCACAUAUAUAGCAUACACUUUCGCUUAUACACAGCACCAUAUAUAACAGUUUCGCACGGGACACCAACCCGACCAUGCCCCUCAUGAAGACACUCAUAGUUUGAUCAAAACGUAGGUUUAAAAUAAAUUAGUUUUUACAAUUUUUUUUUUAAUGACCGUCAUCCCGGACCAUCUCUUUUCUCUAAUAAUCAUUUACGUAAUGUUAUUUGAUAAACCAGGGUAUUACUCAAAUUAUUUAUAAAAUUAUCAAAAAUUUCGAUAAUCACACUCAAUAGCCACGAUUAUUUAAUAAUCUAAAAAAAAAAAAACUAAGAAAAUAUUUACGGUUUGUUACUUUUUUGGAACCAAUAGUGUAAAAUAAUGACAUGCGUUUAUGAUUAAUAUAGCUAAUUAUUUUGAUCUCAAUGGUUUUGUUUUGUUGAUUAUUUUUAAUGUUCUAUCUAUAGAAUAAAUAAAUAUUCACAUUAUUAUUAAUUUCAGUUUUCAAUUAUUGAUUAAAUCAGUUUUGUUUUUGUCAAUAUUUUCAGUUAGUUUUAUUAUGAUUUAACCACAGUUAAAUGUUUAGUUGUUAAUUUCAAUUUAAAUACCGAUAUAAUAUUAAUGUGCCUUAUUUUUUGCAUUUAGAUAUGUAAUCAGGAAAUAUAAAAGAAAUUAUUAUACAUUUUAUUUGUGAUUUAUAUUUUUAAUCACAAUAUUUAUUUCAAAUUAUUGAUAUACUUAUGAAUGCCACAAAGUGUUUUUCAUAAUAUAGUUUAAUAAAACUUGUUAUUCUGUGAAAUUACAAAUAUAAUAAAAAAAUAAAGAACAUAAUUUCAAAAGAAAUUAUUUUUAUUUUUGUCUUAUAUUUUUUAAGAUAGAAAUUAAGUCUGCGAUAAAAUAUAUGAUAAAUAUUCGACUACCCUAAAUUGAAUCUUGAAACAUUAAUAUAGUAAUACAACUUUAUUUUAAGAUACUGUAGUAUUCAGAACAAUUAUUAUUAUUAUUCUAAGAUGGUAUAUGUAAAUCAGGAACUAAACCUUCUCAAUUUGCUAACAAAAUUUACUUUGGUUUGUAUUAUUGAAAAAGAAAAAAGAAAAAUUUCAGGUUGUUUACAUGUCCAGGAUGUCUUCUACGGUGUGAUAGAGCUAAGUGAGACAAUUUUAGACACAAUAGUAAUUAAUUAUGAGAGAAAACAAGUAAUAAUAAUGUGUGCAACUUUCACACAAGAUAUUAAGUUAACAGCUUUUGAUGAUAAGAAACUAAAUUCCGAAACGUCAAACUAAUAAAAAAUAAUAAGAAAAUAAUAUUUGGAUCCUAUAUUAAUAAAAAAAAAUAAAUCCAAAAGAAAUAGGUAUCAGGAAAGUAUUUCCUCUGGUCAUAUAACUAAGUGAUUAGUUCAACAGUUAGAAACUCCAUAAAACUGUUAAAUUUUAUAGAUUGAUUCGACAGCAUUGUUAACUAAAUAUUUUUUACAUCAAUGUUUAGAUAAUUUAGAUAAAAUUUUCGGUAGAUAAGCAUGACAAAUGCCAAAAUUUGCUCAACUUUUAAUGAUCAAGAUAUCGUUCCGAGGAUGAAGCAUGGAAGAUUAUGAUGGGCUGGCCACGAAGAUGAUCCUGACAGAACCUCUCUACG